CUGGGGUGGAUAUGCACCAAUUACUGUUCUAUGGAACAUCAAAUGAAACUUCUGUGUAUGAUGAUGAAAGUGUAACAACAUGUAUUGAUAUAAAUUAUUAUGGUACAAAGAGAGUUGUGAAAGGCUUGCUAUCAUUAUUAAGGGAAUCGUCUUGCCGGCCACGAAUUGUUAAUGUCUCCUCUUUACAUGGGCUUCUCAAGAUGAUGCCAAAUCCAGUGCUACAAAAACAACUUUCUGACAUGGAUAUUAUUAGUGAGGAAUUUCUGGAUUCCAUGUUAAGUCAGUUUUUAGACGAUGUCAAGCAAAAGAAAAACUUGGAAGAGAAAGGAUGGCCAACCCCAUUUUCCGCCUACAAAAUGUCAAAGAUUUGUAUGAACGCAUACACACGUUUGUUAGCCCGUGAGCUUUGUGAUAAGGCGUACGUAAAUUGCAUUCAUCCUGGAUACGUUAGAACUGGAAUGACAUAUGAUACAGGAGACCUAUCACCAAGUGAAGGUGCUCAAAAUGUAGUGAAAUUAGCUUUGUUUCCUCUUGGUGGACCUUCUGGUAAAUACUUUAUUGAAAAGGAGAUUAGCGGCUUCUAAAUGAAUUUCUUUCUAAGUCUGAAACUACUUUUCUCAUAAAGGAGAUACUUUCCAUAUUCUAUAAUGAAUUUCAAUAAUAUAAGUUUUCGUAUGUGUUUAUGUAA